AUGGCUCCCGAUAUUGGUGGUUCUCGCCCUGCUACAUCGGUAAAAUUUAUGCCACAUCAGCUUCAAAAAGUUAGUUUUACGAGUGGACGUGUUCCAUUUCCUCCACAUUUACAACCUCCAUCUGUUCCAGCGGUAAUCGAGUCGGGGCCAACGCUUUAUGCUAAUGCAGUCCCUAAUGCUUCUACUCAGCAGAAUAAGCCAGAACCUAGUUCUAGUGGUACUUCAAAUACUCCAAUCUCUUAUAAUAGUGCGCAACAACAAAAUUUUCGAACACAGGCAUUACCUUCUGAUGUUGAAUUACUUCUAGCUAGAAAACAAGCAACAAAAGCCCAUGAAAAUAGUUAUUUGGGUGCUGUACUUCGUGGUGAAAAGAAAAUGAAACGUUUUGUUCGUUGCUGUGGUGGACAGGUUUGGGAAGAUGCUUCGAUGGCUGAAUGGGAUCCGAAUGAUUUUCGUAUUUUUUGUGGUGAUCUAGGAAAUGAAGUAUCUGAUGAGUUAUUGGCUAAAGCUUUUAGAAAAUUUCCAAGUUUUCAAAAGGCUAAAGUUUGCCGUGAUAGUCGAACAAAUAAAUCGAAAGGUUUUGGAUUUGUCUCUUUCAAAAACCAAGAGGUUAAUUUCUUAAAAUUUAAUUUUUUGGGUUAUGAAAAAUGUGAAUUUCCUAUAUUUAUUUAG